AUGUCUCCACCAUCUUAUGAUACCCCAUCACAUAAUUCCCGCCACAGUGCAAGAGCAUCAUCUUCAAACCCACCCCGUCGCACUCCCCAUACACCCGCAGUGUCCGGAUCAUCCGGAUCAUCUUCUUUUCAAUUCAACUACACCCCUGUCUCCCAAUUCAGCCCAUCGCCAGCAGGGACAUCAGGAACUUCAGGCAAUCUGGGACCGUCUGCACCCUUCCGCCCUCCUACCAGCACCCUUGGAACACCCAUCAGCUUAGACAACACUGGAACAAUUCAGGCUCAGAUUUCGGCUUUGAGAGACGAAAUGGUGGGAAUGAUCCAAGGUCUAGAGAAGAGGGUAUCAAAUCUGGAAGAUGAGAAUGAAUCCACGUCUACCUCUCUGUCAGAUCUCAGAGUUGACCUCCGAUCAUCAAGAUUAAGUACCGAACAAGUGGUGGAAAUGCUCACAAACGACUUACGGGAACUAGAAGAUAUAGUUGAAAGCAAGGCAGACAAAGAGAGGGAUAUAUCGGCGAAGUCCCCUGCUGAGGUAUAUGGAAAGUCUCGAUGGCGAGCCAUUAUGGCUGUGGUCAGAAAAUCAAUCCACUUCCUUUUCGAUUCUGAUCAUAAGACAAUUCUCCCCGAUUAUCCAUCCAAUCCCGGCAACUGGCCCUGUUUCACCAAUGAAGACGGGUCCUCAGGGGCACAGUGUCUUCGUUUUGAUUGGAAUGAACACAUCACCCAUCCUCGAAAUGUCAGAGGGAUAGAGGGAGUUGUGACUUUUCUGAUGGCGGAUAGGGGGGCGUGGCCUGUGACUGCCCAAGAAGCCGAUACAGCAGGAUCUCCACCUGCAGAAGCCUUCCGAGACGCAGCUCGGAAUUACUUCAAGAAUCUGAAGCGUGCCAGGCCCAAGACGGAAGGAAGUGGUGUUGGAGUAGAAGAGGAGAAACUGGACAAAUUUGAGGGUAGUGAUGAUGGGCAAGAGAAUAAUGGACAGGAAUGGGGACUGGAUGCUGACAGUAACUCACUGGCAUUGCUGGCACAUCUAGAGACUCAAGGGUGGGGAGAUCCUGACAGUCAGUUUGAUGGGUUCGAAGGGGGUGUUGACAUGGGAUUUCAUUUGUCCAAUAUGGAUCAACAGCCGAGUCGAGAAACCAGUAUUGGAGAUCGAUCAGCUACUACCACUUCAUCUGCAACCUCACUCACUACCCCAUCCUGUUCCCAGUCACCAAGUCAAGUAUCCACACAGGCUGCUCAUAAGUCUAAGGCGUGGAGAGCUCGUAGAGUUACUCUUGCUUCCGUCAUCAAGAAUCGGAGGCCUCAUUCUUCCCAAUAUUCUGGUGCCAGGUGGGAGAUAUUGGAUGAGAUCCAUUCACAGAUGGCGGAAGAAGGUGCCGGUCUGGCUAGAGUAUUUGUUCAAGAAGUGUGGAUGUCUGAUAUGGACUCUAUCGAGUUCGACGGAUUAGGACAGAGGAAAGCGGGAGUUGGAGGCAGUGCUGCAGUAGGUAGGGACGGGUUUUCCCCUUUCGAGAUUUUCCCCACUGGGUUUGCUCAAAGCGGUUUUUCACCUGUCCGAAGGAGACACGAUCCAUUAGCACCAGAGCCCCUAGAUUUCCACGAGACCUCCAUCGAGUUCGACCCAACCUGCGACCUAGUCGUCGUGUUUCCAGUACCGUUACAAGUUGAAGAAUCAGCCUUACGCACCUUGGGUCGAAUCGGAGAGUACUGUAUGCUCACCAGAGGGAAAGCGCGGAAAAUGAUACCAGAAAAAGAGGAGUUGGAACAAGGGCUGGUCCCAGAGGAAGAAAUACCAACAAGUUCUUCGAGAAGUACCAUUUCACAUGAUCUCACUUCUACUACCACUACCCCAGAUCCGCUAAAUGAAUUAUCGCAGCAGUUGUCACAAUUGUUAGCCAUUAUGACGAUGCAACAAAAAGAACAAAAUGCAUUAAGGGAAGAACUGGCUACGAUGAAAGCUGACCGACAGAACCAACAGAUACUCACAUCGAAAGGGGCAAGUUUGAUCGAAGUCGAAGAAAACAAGCCGUGUUUGGAGCCAAAACUUACCAACAACGAACGAACAGGAAGAACCAGGUGUGCGGAUCCACCUACCUUCAGUGGAGAACGAGGAGAAUUGGACAACUUCCUUGCAGCAUGUCACAUGAACUUCGAAUUCAAAGGGGCAGAGUACGCCACCGAUCGCAGAAAGAUCCUGUUCAUGUACGGGUAUCUUCGAGGCACCCCUCAAAUGCUUAUAACCCCGGCCAUAACCAAUCCAAUGGUAAAUAACACCGACCCUCGAACCAAAUCGGACUGGAUCUAUUUCAAACAGCAUGUGAUAGGGACUGAGGAGAACCAACGGAUGGCUGAAACGAUGAUUGCAGCGAAUCGAUGGGCUGCUAGACGCAAACAUGAGACGACCUGGCUUCCCCCUCGAUCGAAUUCGAUGCGAUUGGAUACUAGUUUGCCCAACCCGGUAGAGCGCCACUCACAAUCGACUGGUAGAGGACCCUUGCCCGGUGGAAAACCAGGGAUGAUGAAUUAUGGUCUACCAAAUGACCCUCCGGUCACUUGGACAGAGGACGGAGGACGUCUCAGCGAGAACGAAAUGACUUGGAGGAGGGAGAACCGACGUUGUCUCAAAUGUAGAAGUCCAGAACAUUACGCCAACAACUGUCCAAAUGGAGGAAAUACGAGAAACAACAUUAGGGGAUCCCCAAACCCGCAUAGCUCACCGAUUCCUAGUGGAUCGAACUCGAUCCCAACUGGAUCCAAAGGGCCAUUAGUUCGAGGAAUGGCGGUGACCUUUGAAGAAGAGGGAAACGACUACCUGGCCUAA